UGACGUGGGAUUAUUAACGGGUGAUGUGACUAUAAAUCCAAACGCGAGCUGUUUAGUAAUGACAACUGAGAUUUUACUCGCAAUGCUUUAUCGUGGUAAUGAUGUUAUCAUGCGAGAGGUUUCAUGGGUUGUCUUUGAUGAAAUUCAUUAUAUGCGAGAUAAAGUAAGAGGUGUAGUUUGGGAAGAAGUUCUAAUAUUAUUACCUCAUCAAGUACAUUUUGUUUUCUUGUCUGCAACAAUUCCUAAUGCAAUGGAAUUUGCUGAAUGGAUAUGCAAGAUACAUGCUCAGCCAUGUCACGUUGUAUAUACUGACUUUCGUCCCACACCCUUACAACAUUAUAUUUAUCCUUGUGGAGGUGAUGGCAUAUAUAUGGUGGUUGACGAAAACGGUGUAUUCAAAGAAGAUAAUUUUUUACAAGCAACUCAAUCAUUAUUACCAGAUCAAGAUAUCGAAUACAAAUCUUUUAAGGGUAAAAAAACAACUGUAAUUGAUAAAUCAACCAAAGGUCCCUCAGAUAUUAUUAAAAUCAUAAAUAUGAUUAUGCAAAGGAAUUAUCAACCUAUGAUGAAAAAAAGAUUAGUAAAAACUGUGUUUGAUAAUGCGAUUGAUGUGCUUGAUGUGGAAGAUCGGCAAUUGCCACAGAUAAAAUUUUUGUAUCCCUAUUUAUUACGUGGCAUUGCCUUUCAUCACUCCGGGUUAUUGCCUCUUUUAAAAGAAAUAGUCGAGCUGCUAUUUCAAGAAG